AUGACUCCCAUUGAAAGAUUUAAUGUGACUGCAGUGUUAUUUUUGUACAUUGUAUUGAAUAUCGAGGCUUACACUGAACACUGUGGCUUCUCUUUUUCUCUUUGUUUAGUACAUUUGUAUGUCCAACUGAGAUCAUUGCAUUCAGUGACCGUGCAGAAGAGUUUCGAGCCAUAAAUUGUGAAGUAAUUGCAUGUUCAGUUGAUUCACAUUUCUGCCAUUUAGCAUGGUAUGUACUAUAAUUCUUUAGUAUUGUAUCUUUUUAGCCUUGCCAGGCAUCAUUAGAGUAAAACAUUCUGGCACAAGACAGUAAAACUGGACAGUACUUGGUGAAAGCAUAAAGGAAAAAUUUAUAUGGGUUUUAAGCACCUGUGGGAGAAGCCGUCCCCAUUGUUUUUUAAAGUGUAGUUUGAAGUCAAUGCGGUACAGAAUUGCACAGAAGUGGGAGUGUAAUUUGUAAUCGCAAGUUUGAUUCCAAACAAUUUUAUUUGAAGUCUAAAACAUUUUAGUAAGCCAGAAAUACAAUUCUUGUUUACAAAAAAACACCCCCUGAUACUAUGCCGUAGCAUAGCAACAAGGAAAAUUGUUAAAAUUGUUAAUGAAUUAAAGAUAUUACUUUGCAAAGAAUAAAAGACAACACAAGUAAGUUGAAACAAGUGAUUUGAUAUAGUUUUAACGUGGUUAUUUGCAUUUAAACAUUGGAACUAUGAUAGAUGAAUUUACCUUGUUUUGCCUGACGCAUCAUUUUAAGUUGUUACUAUUUGUGAAAAAUUCCUUACAAUUAUUUCACAGUUUAGCCUCAGAGUCUGUAGUUUAGCUAUCCAAUUUUUGGGGUUUUUUUAUGUGCAAGUCAAGAGUAAUAAUAACAUUUAGAAAAUUUCUGAAUUUCUUUAAUUUGCUCACUUGCCAAUAUCACAUUUUUCUUAAAAUUGAUUGACUAGUUGAAUUCUAAAAGUUUCUUUCAUUUGAUUGCUUCUCCUGGUGCAGAGCUCCAUUCUCAUUGGCUUGGAAAUGCACUGUGAAUGGUUUGGGAAUUGAUUACAUUAUAGCUAUGUUUGACCAAUCAGAUUGAUUUCAAAAUGAUUUUAUAAUAAAGACCUUUACAUUUUUCUUCAAGUGCCUCCACAUGCAGAAAAUGCCAGAGACCCAAAAUUCCGGGUAGCAUGUCCCUGGACCCCCCCCCCCCUAGAUCGCGACUUUACGAAUUAUUAGGUCCCCCCCCCCCCUAAUAAAAUCCUGGAAGCACCACUGCUUGAUCUACCAAUUGAGCCUUAUGCAAAAUGAAUUUUAUAGGCAAAACAGUGUAAAACAUUGCUAUAAAUACAGCAUGUAUUUUGUAGGACAUCCCAACCACGAAAGAAAGGUGGCCUUGGUCAGAUGGACAUUCCAAUUUUGUCAGAUAUAACAAAACAAAUUUCAAAAGAUUAUGGAGUGUUAUUGGAGGAACAAGGCAUUUCCUUACGGUAAUUAUAGCUUUUGAAAGAUAAACAUUAUAAUUGUUGUUAGAGGCGCUUGUACCUGUUUCCAAAAUCCUGACUAAUUUUAAUUCAAUUCUUGUUAUCCCAUGGUGUUAUACUCAAUCCCACUUUUCCCUGUGAUAUAAAAUCCUGCUUUUCCCGCGAUGAUACAAUCUCUCUGAUCCAGUAACCCCACUUGAUAUGUUGACUCUUCCGACUAGUCCAGUACAGACCUCCCUUUUCUUACUCUGCAUUUUGAAAUUGUGCGUCAUAUCCAUAGAAUAGACAUGUAUUUAUUAAACAUAGUAUUUCUAUGGUCAUAUCCCAUCUCUUGGUUUAGGUUUUAUAUAACAAUAUCUAUGCAUAUACUUGAACUUAGGUGAGGAAGAUAAUAAAAUUACAAAAAACGUUCUAAAUUUUAGUGGUCUAUUUAUUAUCGACGACAAAGGUAUUUUGAGGCAGAUUACAGUGAAUGACUUGCCUGUUGGAAGAUCUGUUGAUGAAACUUUACGUCUUGUUCAAGCUUUCCAGUUUACUGACAAACAUGGUGAAGGUAUGCUAAUAUAUUUUACAUAUUUAAUAAUAGGAGGACGUCGGGGAUUUUUUUCACAUUUUCGCAUGCGCCCACAAAUACACUCUUCAGUGGAAAAUUACGGCAAACUUAUGGAAACCUCCGCGGAGGAGAGUAGUAUUAUGUGUCUUUUUAAAAAUUUCCAUUCAUAAUGACAUUUAACCAAAAUUCUAACGAAUUUUUCAUAGCGUACAACUGUCAGGUUGACCAAUCUUCAUUUAGUUUGAUGAGUCUGUUAAUAAAUAUGUGUACAGUUUGGCAGACAGACAAACAAACAUUUUUCGUUGUUUUGGCGCAAAAGGCACAAAAAAAGAAAUGUUUUAUAUACUGUAGGGUAUGUUAGGAUAUGGUUGAAGUGAAAAACAGGAGCCGGUUGUAUAACGACCCUCUAAAAUAAAUGGUAGUUAACUAAAAAAAUACGCGAUUUUGAUUGGUUAACUUUGGCAUUAACUGUAUUUAGUUAACUUUAACUACAUUUUUAUGCAACCAGCCACAGGUUGUUUUGCAUACUUCUGACUUUUGUAUAAUUUAUCGUAUAGUUUGUCCAGCUGGUUGGAAACCUGGUUGUGAUACCGUAAGUGUUUUUUUCUCUAUUUUGUAAAACUCUUCAACAAUGCAACUCUAUAAUGCACCAAUCAGUGAUCUCCCGUGGGUCAUUCUACAACAAUAAUUGCUCGUUCCAAACGCCGCUUACAGUAAUCAAUGAGUACUGUAUGGUUCAGUUAGGUAUUUGAACUAGCAAUAGUGGCAUAAAUAAGUGAAUUAUUCUAGUGAACAUGUGCUCUAAAAGAUGGAUUAUAAAACAUGAACAACUGUAGAGAGCGGGAAUUUGACCACAAACGGCUGCUCUACAGUGGAAGGUGUUGACACGGAAACAUUAAAAAUGUCAAGUGCUCCUGCGUUUGUCCCUGGGGUCGCGCAAAACAUUGAUUGGUGCAGAAACAUAAAAGUAUCAUGCUGUUGAUUUCUUAUGUACUGUUCUCAUUGCGACAUAACGCAAGCAUAACUCAGCUAUAAGAAUAUCAAAAUGUUGCAUUCUUUCCUCAUGCUGAUGUUGUUUACGUGACAGCAUGGAUAAUAAAAUAAAUGGAUAGGAAACUAGCUGACGUGACCUAAUGUUUUUACUGGGAUUGAUGGCGUGGUUGGAUGCCUCGACCUAGUUGAAAAUCAAAUUCUCAAAAACGGCAUGUUUAGCAAUAAUACAGCUAAACAUUCUAGUCAAAGAGCAAAUAAUGUAACCACGCCAUUCUACGAUGAAAACUCUAAGUAUUCCCAGUCAAUUUUAGCAAAUAUUUCAAGCACUAAACAGUGAAAAAUACAUCGCAAAUUUCGUUAAAAUUUGUGACGCCAAUUUCGUAGCUACAAAUGUAAAAAAAUACAAAACAAAGACGAAAAACAUUUACCUUGAAUACUUUGUCGUGGCUUAGGCAUGUUUUUAAAACAAUUAGACCAGUUUACGCUUCAAGAUCACCCUUUUUUAAAGUGGAAAAUAUAGCAAAACCACAAAUAUGGCGAGAACUUUGGUAACAUUCGCAAUACGCGUGACGUCACGUUUUUCAACAAGGAUGCAGUCAAUGACGUCAGAAGUUUCCAAUCCAUUUAUUUUAUUAUCCAUGAUGACAGUGAGAACAACGCAAACGUAAGAAUAUCAAAGCAUUCGCUUUUACGCUUAUGUUCGUAUACUUACGCUUAUCUUAUGAUUGCGUGCUCAUGCAUGAUCUGUGGAGGACAACUGGAAACAAGCCGCUAAUCAGAAUGCGGAAUAAUGAACUCCAGUUUCUUACAGUGUAUUCCUUUACACAGGGGCCGUAGGCGUAGGAAGAUCGAUAAUUGGGGGGGGGCUCAUAUUCAUAUAUUCAUGUUUACAGAAGAAGUGGAUAAUGCAGAACACGGAUAUAUGAAUAUGAGCCCCCCCCCCCAUAUUAUCGAUCUUCCUACCGCCCUGUUUACAUCUGAUUCGCAUACGGAGAGCGUCUGAAUAGACCUCCAGUUUGGUUACUGUAUCUCGUAAGGUAAAGAGUCGUGAUGAUCACUUGGUAAUUUUUAUGUUUUGUAGAUAAAACCCGAUGUCGACAAAGGAAUGGGAUAUUUUUCGAAGCAACCUGAUAAAUAG